AUGAUCAAGGAUGAAUGCAUCCUGGUGGACGAGUCUGAUGCUGUGACAGGGCAUGCCAGCAAGUAUGACUCCCACAGAUUCGUGGAUGGGCAGCCCCAUGGCCUGCUGCACCGCGCCUUCUCCGUCUUCCUCUUUGACGACCAGGACCGGCUGCUCCUGCAGCAGCGUGCCGCCUCCAAGAUCACCUUCCCGGAGGUCUGGACCAAUACGUGCUGCAGCCACCCGCUCCACGGCUACAGCCCCACGGAGGUGGACACGCCCAAGGAUGUAGCUUCUGGGCAGGUUCCAGGCACCAAGCGUGCCGCCAGGCGGAAGCUAGAGCACGAGCUGGGCAUCCCCCCGCAUCAGAUACCGCUGGACAGGCUGCAGUACCUCACCCGCCUGCACUACUGCGCAGGGGACACAGAUGUGUCGGGCAAGCCCACCGGCUGGGGCGAGCAGGAGAUGGACUACAUCCUCUUCAUUCGCGCGCAGGUUGACCUGAAGCCCAACCCCGAAGAGGUCAUGGACACGAGGUAUGUCACGCAGGCCGAGCUGGCAGAGAUGAUGGACCCCGCCUCCGGCCUGCGAUGGUCCCCCUGGUUCAGGAUCAUCGCCACCCACUUCCUGCCGGGGUGGUGGCAUGGGCUGGAGGCUGCCUGCUCGGGCAGUGGCGGCCACCAGGAUCUGGCCUCCAUACACCGCCUGGGCUGA